CUUAGCUGAGACAGCAAACAGCUGACGGAGAAAGAAGUGAGCUUGUUCUUCCCUUUAAAGUUCUUGGUUAAUUUUGUUUAUUUUUAAUUGCUCUAGGAGUGAAUUUGUUUAUUGUAGCUUCUAAUUAGUUUUGUACAUCCCCUUUCCUGGCAGGAUUGAAACCAUGUCUUGGCUCAAAUUUCCAUCAGUCAAAUCAUCUGUGGUUAUUGAUACUUCAAUACCUCUGCAAAGUCUUCUAGAUGAUCCUAAAUACAAUAAAACGAUUCUCAACCAUCCUAUGAAUCAGACUCUACAAAUAAUGAUACCACACAAUCCAAAUAAACCAAAGGACCCUUCAGAAAGAGUUGGACCUAGAAUGGAGCCAAUCUCGUAUCCUAUUUUGAGUAAAAUCAAUUCUGGAUUUGGACUAGGAACUAAGGAUGAUCCGUAUAACUAUUUCAUUGUCAAAAACAUACCUGUACACCUUUUAAUUCAUCCUGUGCUUAUUGAAUACUAUGUGAAAAAAGGUUAUCUCUAUGCUCUUUCAAUCGACACUCAAGUUCAUCUUGAUGAUUGUGUUGCACUUUCAUCAAAAACUUUAACUCUCUCACUCACUGAAUCCACUUAUCGGCGCCUUAAUUUGACUGGUACAAAAUCUCUCUUGGUUAGAAACAAGAAAAUUAUGCAAAAAUAUAUCGUGAAUAUCAAGUUGUCAUAUGCUCAAAAUCUGGAAGCUGAAAAGCGUAAUUAUCAGCGAACAUUUCGAUAUCUUCGAAACUGUAAUUUGAAAUUUGAUUUGCUGAUGAAAUGGGAACCAAAUCCACAAGCCACUAAAAAUCUUUCUCCAUCUUCAUUAUUAAAAUUUUUUGAACAUUUAAAAUGUACGCCAGGAAUGAGAGGAGGCUAUUUACUAUGCGAGAUUGAAGUUAAUCAAAUUCAUCUUCAUCUAUGUCAACCAUCUAUCAAAAUAUUUGACCGCUCAAAUAUUCAAGCUCCUAAAGAUCUGGUUCAGUUUCAAGAACCAAUGGCCGAUGAAUCUGCAAUAAAAGAUGAUACUCAUUUAGACGAAGUAAAUGAAAUGUCUACUAAGUCAAAGAAACAAUCUCCUGAGGAUUGUCCAGUUUUAGAUACAAUUGAUUGGAUUGGAAGUAUAUUUACUGGAGUUGAAAUGACCCAAAGUCUAGUUGAUCCUGAAAUCACUUCCUUCUAUCUACCUGAAAGUGAUACUAGCUUACUUAAACAAUUACUGUGCAUUCAAAUGAGUGGUUUUUUUACACCGAACGAUGUUCGUAAUUUAUUACUCGAACUAGCCAAACUAGUAAAGACUAACGACCCUGAUGAGGUUCCAUUUGUUUCGCUAAUAGUACAUGGAUUUGAUCAUUGUUGCGUCUCAUGGGAUGAAAAGUGCAAUGAACAUGGAGCCAAGAUUAAUGGGGAAAAUCAUUAUGGAAUCGUCCUUAGACAAUGUGAUAACAAUCUUAUUUGGCGAAUCGCUGAAGAAUACGACUUUGGUAUAGAAAAGCUUUGAUUCAACGUAUCUUCUAAGCUGCAAUUUCCAUUCAAUACUUUUGUAUCUUUACUUCAUUAUGCUGCAUUUCCCAUCAUUUUGACUACAAUACAAUUUGACAUUGCUGCAUAAUCAUAUGCAAUAGUAUAAUCGAUAAUAACUUUUCUACUAAUCGUAAAAUUGAUUGUUUUCUACUUUUAAUAAAUUAUUUGCUUUACGAGUCUUUUA